GGGUUAAUUGUGUUAUGUACAUGGUGGUGAACGAGUAACGUUAACUAAAUUCACCAAAAUUGGCCAAAGAACUAUUGUAAUGUUGUACCAAUGAGGUAUUAUUGUCGGAUUGUCAUUGUGGUUCAUUCGGACCAAAAAGAAAAAAAAAAAAUUACAAAGAAAAAAAAACUAGUGUAGUAUUGUGCCAAAGUAGUUGGAAUUGUACUGUUGCACCUCCUAAAAUGAAGUUGGAUAUUAUCACUAUAAGAAACUAAUUUUCCUAGCUGUUUGCCUAUUUUCAUUUCUCUCUUUUUAAAACAAAUAUGUUUGGUGUAUCUGUCUCAUAGUUUGUUUUGAUAGUAUACCGGAUUUUUUGGAUCAUAUAAGUCAACUUUCCUUUAAAAUCCUAGGUUUAAGAUAAUUUCUUUGCUCAUAAAAACACAACAUUUAUCUUCUUUUACCCUUCCUCCACCAUUGCUCUUCUCUUCCUCCUCUCAUCAUUUUUAACAUCUCCAUUAUAAUGGGGAGUGAAGGAAGAGAUGAGGAAAAUCUUACUCAAAAUUCUUCCAUUAUUUUUAGUAAGACCAAGAAGAAAGGAGGCUGGAGGGCCGUCAAAUAUAUCUUAGCAAAUGAAACAUUUGAGAAGCUGGCGUCAAUGAGCUUGAUCUCAAAUAUAACAGUGUUUUUGCGCACAAAAUAUAAUAUAGAUGGAAUAUUAUUGGUAAAUGUAGUUAAUAUAUGGUCAGGAUGUUGCAAUUUUUUGACGAUGCCAGGUGCUUUGCUUUCUGAUGCCUACCUUGGUAGGUUCUGGACUUUGCUUAUUGGUUCUGUCAUUUCUAUGCUGGGGAUGGGAAUAUUGACUCUAGGAUCAGGAAUAUCAAAACUAAGGCCACCACCUUGUACACCACCAGCAGAUUGUAUCCCACCAACAUCUUGGCAACUCGCAAUUCUGUUCCUAGCUCUAAUGAUGCUAGCCAUAGGAGCCGGGUGCAUAAGACCGUGCAACAUUGCCUUUGGUGCUGAUCAAUUUGACAUAAGAACAGAAAAAGGCAGGGCCUCAUAUUCGCGCUUCUACAACUGGUGGUACUUCUCCUUCACACUUUCCCUCUUGGUAGCACUCACCUUAGUAGUCUAUGUACAAACCAACAUUAGUUGGACUAUCGGGUUUGCUAUCCCAACCGUGUGCUUUGCAUUCUCUAGCUCGAUUUUCUUGAUUGGUUGCCCUACUUACAUAUACAAGAAGCCUCAGGGGAGCAUCUUUAUUGACAUGGCUAGAGUGGUUGUUGCAGCCUUCAGAAAAAGGAAGUUGACUUUAGAGGAAAAUGAUGAAAGUCAUCAAAAUUUUUAUGAUCCUCCUAUUAGUGAUGAUCGGUUAGAAUCAAUGGUGCCUAAACUUACUAGAACGAAUCGACUAAUGUUCUUAGACAAAGCUGCUUUGAUUACUCAGCCUGAUGAGCUAAAUCGUGUAGGACUAGCCAAGAACAAUUGGCGCCUUUGCAGUGUUCAACAAGUUGAGCAACUAAAAUGCCUAAUAGGAAUUUUGCCUGUUUGGUUGGCUGGUAUUCUGUCUUUUGUGUCAAUGGACCAACAGAACACUUUCGGUAUUUUACAAGCACUUCAAAUGAAUCGGAAACUUGGGUCACAUUUCACCAUUCCCCCUGCUUGGAUAAGUUUCGCGGCUAUGGCUGCUCUCACCCUGUGGAUUCUAUCAUAUGAGCGCAUUUUUCUACCCUUAGCCAGAGUACUACUGAAGAAGAAUGAUGUGAGGUUGUCAGUCAAAGCGAGGAUCAAGAUAGGAAUAGUUAUGUCAAUACUAUGUAUGGUUAUAAGCGCGGUGGUUGAGUCUAAGAGACGUGAGUUGGCCUUAAAAAAUAAUUCCUAUGUUUCUCCUCUUAGUGUGGCAUAUCUAGCACCACAACAGAUACUGUCUGGCUUAACUGAGGCCUUUGCCGCGGUUACCAUCAUGGAGUUCUUCACCACACAGAUGCCUGAAAGCAUGAGAUCAUUGGCUGGCUCGAUCUUUUUCAUUAGCUUGUCUAUGGCCAGUUACUUUGCCACGGCUAUUGUUAACAUCAUAUACCGGGCUACUCGAAACAGCCAAGGAGUGGCAUGGUUGGGUGGACAUAAUCUUAACCAAAACAAGCUUGAUUACUUUUAUGCCAUUGUUGCUUGUGUAGGAGUCAUGAACUACUUCUAUUUUACGUUCUUUGCUAGCAAAUAUGUGUUCAUUGAUAGCAACAACACCAAGACAGUUGAAGCAGCAAAUUCGAGUGUAGACGAGCAUACAAGGGUGGAAUGAAGGUUUAUUUCAAUGUCGCAUUUUAUUGUGUUAGACUUAGCAACCUUGUCAUCCAUGAUCUUUUUUCUUGUACUUUCAUGGUUAUAUUUGAACAAGAUAGUUCUCCAUUUUAAUAUUUGUACUAGCAGACCCGAUCUCAUUAAUAAGUACAUUAUUAAUGAAUGUCAUGUCAUUUGUGGUCGCAAAAAUAUAAUUAGGAUGAUUAGGCCUUGGCAGAUUGUAAUCAAGUGUUUUUAGUUAUUGUCAUUAGUGGGAAUUCUAGAUUUGCUUAAUGUUUUUCAAAAGAGUAAUUGUUAUUGUUAUUAGUUGUAUUAAUCGACUUUGAACUACUCCGUAAUUGUUAGAU